UUCAUACCCCCCAAACGGCCGCUACACCGCAUCUGACGUUGACGUCUUCGGGGACGAACCCCGCAUCGCCCAGCACGCUCAAAGCAUACCCGCUUGGACUGGAACUCCACUCUGUCGCUGGCGAGCUCGUCGGACCCUUACUCGUCACCGUAUUGUCGCUCCGUCACAAUGGAUGGCAUCGGAGACGCGCCCGAUGGGAUGGGCUUCGACAUGCCCAUCCUCAUGAAUCAGCAGCAGCAAUUUUUUGGUGCCUAUGGACCUGACGGUUCGCCGAUGGCUUCCGCUCAACAGAAUAUGUCUUACCAGGAUGAACCGUCAAUGGGCGCGGGAGAAGACAGCAAUGAUGCCAAGAGACGAAGAAUCGCAAGGGCCUGCGAUAUGUGCCGAAAAAAGAAAAUCAAGUGCGAUGGGAAAAUGCCGAAGUGCUCGCAUUGCAUCAACUACAAGACAGAUUGUAUAUUCACUCAGGUCGAGAAGAAACGGAAUCCUCCCAAAGGUGCCAAAUAUAUCGAGGGCCUGGAAAAUCGGCUCGGAAGGAUGGAGUCGCUGCUUCGUCUCUCUGGCCUCUUGUCCGAGGACGAUGGCGGAAAGACCGAUUUGGGGACACUGGAAAAGCGUCUGGCUGAUCGAUCGUUGGCAAAUGGUGCGCUAAAUGGUCCUAGAAGUCCGAACAAGUUCAAUGUUCCCCAGCCCAACGCCCAAUCUCAACAGACUUCAUCAUCGUCGCACCACUCGACUCCCCAUGUUGAUUCGCACUCUAGUCCACGCACGGCAGCUACGUCGCCGGAGUCUCAGAAGGAUUCAGAACCUGAGGUGGAGGGUUUGUCGGAUAUGAUGUGCUCACUGGUCACGAACAAUUGCGGGGAAACGCGAUAUAUUGGGUCCUCCUCGGGCUUCUCUAUUUUCUCUCCCAAGGGUAUCCAGUGGGUCAAUGAGAAGACGGGCGACACUUCGUUCCAGGACAUGAUAUCUUCUGCCUAUAUUGACGACAACAAGUGGAUGUAUUGGAAGCCGGAGAUUUUCAGCGAUAUCUUUGCUCGUCGCGUCUUCAAGCCAUUGCCCCCUAAGGAGGAGGCCAUUUCUCUCUUCCGAGACUUCUUUGCCAACUUCAACUGUAUGUUCCCGCUUUUUCAUGAACCGACCUUCAUGCACUUGGUGGAGCGCCAGUAUUCUCGAGAUCCGUAUGAAGGCUCCGGUUGGUGGGCUAGUAUCAAUGUUGUCCUGGCCAUCUCGCACAGAAUCCGAGUUAUGAAUAACUUGGUUCCCCAAGAAGAUGAUAAGAAGGCGUGGCUGUACUUGAAGAACGCCAUGGCUGUUUUGACUGAGCUUACUAUGCGGAAUACGGAUCUGCUAAGCGUUCAGGCGCUGCUAGGCAUGUCACUGUUCUUGCAGGGAACACCUAACCCUCAGCCGUCCUUCUUCCUAGUUGCGGCCGCCAUCAGACUCUCCCACAGCAUUGGUCUCCACAAACGAGGCUCGGGCUUUGGCUUGAAUCCGGUGGAGGUGGAACAACGGAAGAGGGUGUUUUGGAUUGCCUAUCUUCUCGAUAAGGAUAUCUGUCUCCGUUCCGGUCGUCCACCUGUUCAAGAUGACGAUGACAUGAACGUCGAAUUACCGAGUGAUGACCCCCCGGACAAUAUUGGCAAUGUCCCAUUGUCGGACGGGGGCAAGUUCAACUUGUUCCGAUCCAUGUGUCGCUUUGCCAUUAUCGAGAGCCGGGUGUACAAACGACUUUACUCUGCCAAAGCAUCGAAACAGUCGGAUGGUGAGCUCUUGAACACCAUCGGAGAUCUCGAUAAGGAACUCGAAGAAUGGAAGGACAGCAUUCCUCUGGAGUUCCGGCCCGAAAAUGAAAUCAAAGCAACUUACACACCGCUCAUACUGCACGUCGUUGUUCUCCAUUUUGCGUACUACAAUUGCUUGACUACAAUCCACCGAAUGUCUGUUCACCAUGGCUAUUGGACGAGCCGAUUAUCCAAUUACGCAAUUCAGGGUCUGAAUGCGAGACCGUUGAACCCCCGAGUGUUCAUGUCUGCAGUUCUCUGCGUAACUGCAGCGCGAGCGUCCAUCAACCUAAUUAAAUAUAUACCGCAAGGCGACUUCGCCUGUGUCUGGUUAAUACUUUACUAUCCAGUCUCCUCUCUAGUCACAUUGUUUGCUAAUAUCCUGCAAAACCCCAAUGAUGCCCGGGCUCGCUCCGACGUCAAGUUGAUGAAUGUGGUAGUCAAUUUCUUGUCUACUCUUGUGUCCGACGAGUCGAAUGGAAGUGUCAAGCGCAUGCUCGCUCUCUGUGGCGAGUUUGAACGAAUCGCCCAAGUAGUCCUCGACAAAGCCGAGAGGGACUCGCACUCCAAGAAGAAGCGCAAGGCUGCUCCUGAUGAACCAAGAAAUGUACAACGGCGUACUUCGGAAGACAACCAUUCACCUACUACUACACCGGCCGCGAAGCCAGCAGAUUCAGCAGCGCCGCAACCACCUACGGCGGCUCCCUUCUCUUCGCCAUCGUUCUCUAAUAAGCCAAACCAGCCCACUCCCAACAUGCCUAAUGAGACCCGAAACUUCACACCCGGCCAGCCGCUAUCCGGAGCGAAUGGCUUUACUGCGAACCUUCAGGACAGCAUGCACGGCAUGCCAGGACUUGGACCCGACUUUGACAUGCUCAGCCCGAAUAACCUGGAAAGUGUCAAUUUCAGCGACCAAGCAGCCUUCACAACCAGUCCCGACACCCCCUUGGCACCCUUCCAACAGCCUUUCGUCCCGCAGGAUCUGUGGCAGAUGCCAAUGACCAUUGAAUGGGACUGGGCAGACAUGUCGAACAACUUUCCAGUGUUUGGUGACGCCGGCGCACCCCCGAACGGAUCAUAAAUGACGAAACAAAGCACAUUGAUCGGCGAACAGGAAACAUACGAAGGGUACAUUCUCAGUCCAUAUUCUUUAGCGGAGUCCCGGGGUUUAGCAGCACAUACCUUGUUUCUGUGAUCAUAUUCUAAUCUUCUUUCCUGUCGAAUAUCUUGGCGUUCACAAAAGUCUCGGACAUAUUCACUCUUCACGCCACUCCACCA